AAAAAGCGUCCGCGCGCAGCUCUCCGCCAAAGACGGACGUUGACUCCAGGACUCCACAGAAUGGAGCAAGAAUGAGAGGAAAAAGGCCGGCAGAAAAGCAUGAACUGGAGGUUUGUUGAGCUCCUCUACUUCCUGUUUGUAUGGGGCCGUAUCUCAGUGCAGCCCUCCCACCAGGAACCAGCUGGGACAGACCAACAUGUCUCCAAGGAAUUUGAUUGGCUUAUUUCAGACAGGGGGCCUUUCCACCACUCCAGGAGCUACCUAUCCUUUGUGGAAAGACACCGUCAAGGAUUUACAACCAGAUAUAAAAUAUACAGGGAGUUUGCCCGUUGGAAGGUGAGGAACACAGCCAUUGAGAGGAGAGACCUGGUCCGUCAUCCAGUGCCCCUCAUGCCGGAGUUUCAAAGGAGCAUCCGCCUGCUUGGCAGGAGACCCACCACUCAGCAGUUCAUCGAUACCAUCAUCAAAAAGUACGGCACCCACCUCCUCAUCUCCGCUACCUUGGGAGGGGAGGAGGCCUUGACCAUGUACAUGGACAAAAGUCGCCUGGACAGGAAGUCAGGGAAUGCCACUCAAAGUGUUGAAGCUCUGCACCAGCUGGCAUCGUCCUACUUUGUUGACCGUGAUGGCACCAUGAGGAGGCUCCAUGAGAUCCAGAUAUCAACUGGAGCAAUCAAGGUCACAGAGACACGCACUGGGCCUCUGGGCUGUAACAGCUAUGACAAUCUGGACUCUGUGAGUUCCGUCCUUCUGCAAAGCACGGAGAGCAAACUGCACCUUCAAGGUCUUCAGAUCAUCUUCCCUCAGUAUCUGCAAGAGAAAUUUGUCCAAUCAGCCUUGAGCUACAUCAUGUGCAACGGUGAGGGGGAAUACGUGUGCCAGAACAGCCAGUGUAGAUGCCAGUGUGCCGAGGAGUUUCCGCAGUGCAACUGCCCCAUCACCGACAUCCAGAUCAUGGAGUACACACUGGCCAACAUGGCCAAGUCUUGGGCCGAAGCUUACAAGGACCUGGAGAAUUCAGAUGAGUUUAAAUCGUUCAUGAAGCGUCUCCCUAGCAACCACUUCCUGACCAUUGGGAGCAUCCAUCAGCACUGGGGCAACGACUGGGACCUGCAGAACCGCUACAAGCUCCUGCAGAGCGCCACGGAGGCCCAGAGGCAGAAGAUCCAGCGCACUGCCCGCAAGCUCUUCGGCCUCAGCGUCCGCUGCCGCCACAAUCCCAACCACCAGCUGCCUAGAGAGAGGACAAUUCAGCAGUGGCUGGCAAGGGUCCAGUCGCUUCUCUACUGCAAUGAGAACGGGUUUUGGGGGACCUUCCUGGAGAGCCAGAGGAGCUGCGUGUGCCACGGCAGCACUACGCUGUGCCAGCGCCCCAUCCCCUGCAUCAUCGGAGGGAACAACAGCUGUGCCAUGUGCAGCCUGGCCAACAUCUCGCUCUGCGGCUCCUGCAACAAGGGCUACAAGCUAUACCGAGGCCGCUGCGAGCCACAGAACGUGGACUCGGAGCGGAGCGAGCAGUUCAUCAGCUUCGAGACCGACCUGGACUUCCAGGACCUGGAGCUAAAGUACCUGCUGCAGAAGAUGGACUCGCGCCUCUACGUCCACACCACCUUCAUCAGCAACGAGAUCCGUCUCGACACCUUCUUUGACCCCCGGUGGCGCAAGCGCAUGUCCCUCACUCUCAAGAGCAACAAGAACCGCAUGGACUUCAUCCACAUGGUGAUCGGCAUGUCCAUGCGCAUCUGCCAGAUGCGCAACAGCAGCCUGGACCCCAUGUUCUUCGUCUACGUCAACCCCUUCAGCGGGAGCCACUCGGAGGGCUGGAACAUGCCCUUCGGGGAGUUCGGCUACCCGCGCUGGGAGAAGAUCCGUCUCCAGAACAGCCAGUGCUACAACUGGACUCUCCUGCUGGGCAAUCGGUGGAAAACGUUUUUUGAGACGGUCCACAUCUACCUACGUAGUCGGACUCGGCUACCUACCCUCCUGCGGAAUGAGACUGGCCAGGGCCCUGUGGACCUGUCUGAUCCCUCCAAGAGGCAGUUCUACAUCAAGAUCUCGGAUGUGCAGGUGUUCGGGUACAGCCUGAGGUUCAACGCCGACCUCCUUCGCAGCGCCGUGCAGCAGGUCAACCAGUCCUACACGCAGGGCGGCCAGUUCUACUCCUCUUCGUCUGUGAUGCUCCUCUUGUUAGAUAUUCGGGACCGAAUCAAUCGCCUGGCCCCCCCUGUGGCCCCAGGGAAGCCCCAGCUGGACUUGUUCUCGUGUAUGCUGAAACACCGCCUGAAACUGACCAACAGCGAGAUCAUCAGGGUGAACCACGCCCUGGACCUCUACAACACCGAGAUCCUCAAACAGUCAGACCAGAUGACAGCCAAGCUCUGUUAACCUGGACUCUUUGCCAU